AAGUCCACAUGACUGGUUUCUGUGCUCGAGGGUGAGAACAGCUGGGCUGUGACUAGGGAAGGGGAAGCAAGGCACACAGGUGGGGAAGGGCUUCCUCUCGCAGUCCUGCCAUCUUGAUUGACAUGCUGGAGCCUUGCUUUCAAACCCGAUCCAUCACAGGGAAAGAAAAAUGUCAUUGGAAACCUUGUAACUCCCCACUUAAACUGCUGGGUGCAGGAAAACAAUUGCUUGCCCUAAAUCAAUGACUUAUGAUUGCCCUUGGUAGUCUGAGUUUCCCUUUAAUUACAGGCCCUCUUGAAAUGCUCAAACGCACAAAACGCUUGUAAACAUGAACUCCCUCUCUGUCACACACAAUCUGCCCAUAUGCCCACUCUCCCUUUCAUUUACAGAGCAUAAACACCCAUCUCUUACUCAUCCGCAUAAUGAAUUUCAGCCUCGUGCAUCUCAGUUGAAGAGCGGCCCCAGGAGAAUCAUGCGCAUCUCAGCGGUCUUCCUGUUCCAAGGUCCCAGGGAGCUCUUUGAAGAGUGGAUCCUUUAUGGGGAGAAAAUAAUGGGCAAAAAGUGCUCUUCACUGAUGGACAGUCCCAGCGUUCUCUUCCCUUCAAAAAUAGUUGUUUACUUGAGCAGCCACUUUCCUAAGAAAAUUCCAAAAUUCUUCCAUGCCACCCCCCUUUUCAGCUUCAAAUCAUUGCAUACUCUCCUCUCCUCUUGCAAACUCAACUCAGAGCCUUUUGGUUCUGGAAAGAUUUUCUAGGUAUCAAGAGAGACUAGGAAAGCCUGCCUUCCUCAGCUCGCCUUGUUCCUUGUCAGAAGAAAGAAGUCAAUUUUUCAGAGAGAGAAGGGGGAUCUUGAGGCCCAGCCCCUGAGAGAGGGCUCCUUAGACUCCCCUCCAAACUCCACAGGAGCUCGCGGCCAAUGGUUGCAUCCUCACAGAUGCACCCUCAGCCUCCCACUCCAGUGCCCUGCAUGAUACUCAGUCAAGGGGCAGAUGAGAGAAACUCGUGGAGGAAGCACUGUCUGACUUUUUGCUGUCCACCAGUCCCUCAGCCCCUCCUGGUGAGAAGACAACUUCUUCCUCCGCAUCCCCUCCAGGCGCCGGGGCACUGGUCAGCGUUGAACAAGGGUUCUGCUCCCCUCCCCAAGCCCUGAGCGGUAGCAUUUGCCUAUUUCAGUGGUGUGAAUACUCCCACCAGGACAUACUCCAAGCUCCUAUUGUGGUGUCCCUGAUGGGGGAGAGGCACGGUAGCAUACCAUUUAGCAUUUCUGUCCUACUUCCACCUCCCUCUGCUCUCUUUUCUGGGAGCUAUAGGCUGUCCUAGCUGGUUGGUGGUUCUGGAGGCUCAAGAGCACAGACAAUAGUCAAAUAAUUAGGAUGUGAUGGGGUUUGCUAGUAAACAUAAUUUAUAGUUAUUUUAUAUAAUUUAAUUUUUAGUAGUGGCUAUGUUUAAUAGCUGACUGGCAAAGUUCCUGAAAAUUUGACUGUCUGCACCAGCCCAUGGAGCACACCACUGCCCCAGGGCAGACCGUGGGCUUGGACGGCCCUAGGUUCCACAAAGGCUCUCCGUGUUCCUGGGAAUUUGCCCUUCUGGCAACAGGGGCACGUCUUGGUUCUGGGCCUUUUAGGGGACACUGUGAUGAAGAAACAGCAGAGAUGUUGCAAUGGGAAGGCUGAGGUGAGACCGGGAGAGGAGGUCAGUCGUGGCUCUGCAUUCCCAGUGCCUGACCCGAACUGCCUAGAGAUAAAAACUAAGACCCAGAGAGCGGACUGACGUCCGUUGGGACUGAAGCAACUGAUGUGUUGGGCACUGGGGCAUAACCUAAGAGCAAAACGCGACCGAGACUCCCUCUCUGGCUUCUCUAGCCAGCCCACGCCUCCUGCCUCAGCUCAACGCCACUCCCUCCCCGCCAAGUGGCUCUCCGCUCCGGAGGCGGGACCGAGUUCUUCGGUGGCCCCUGGAGGCUCGGGGCUGCAAGCUUUGGGAGGCUGGGAGGCUGGGAGGGGAGAGAGGGAGGGGCGCCGACUGGGCAGUCCAAAGAGGAGGGGUCCUUUAAUAGGCUCGCCCAGCGGCUGGUUUGUGGCUCUGCGAGUGGCUGCGGCUCGGAGAAGCGGCCCGGCACCUCCCUCUAGUUUUCGGCUGCAAAUCUUCGUCCUUGCACUUGACAGCGAUUGCCCUUAAGCUCCCAGGGCGCGCUUUGCUUGGAAAGGCACAGGUAGGAGGCGCGGGCUGCCCGGUGCUCGCUCACAGCCCUGGGAGGAGUCUCCCUCCCUUUGCUCUCCUUUCUGGGAGCUGCGGGCUGCCCCGGAGCGUUGGUGGUUCCGGUGUGCGUGCUGCAAAGAGACCGUGCCGGCGCCCGGGGUGCCGGGCCGAGCCCUUCCGAGAGCGCGGCUGUGCGCUGCUCGGCGCCAUGCUUCUGCUGGGCAUCUUAACUCUGGCUCUCGCCGGGGGAUCCGCUGGCGGCUCAGAGCCAGAGCGGGAGGUGGUGGUCCCCAUUCGACUGGACCCGGACAUCAACGGCCGCCACUACUACUGGAGGGGUCCCGAAGACUCCGGGGACCAGGGACUCAUUUUUCAGAUCACAGCAUUUCAGGAGGACUUUUACCUACACCUGACGCCGGAUGCUCAGUUCCUGGCGCCCGCGUUCGCCACUGAGCAUCUAGGCGUCCCCCUCCAGGGCCUCACCGGGAGCUCUCCAGACUUGCGACGUUGCUUCUACUCUGGAGAUGUGAACGCCGAGCCGGACUCCUUCGCUGCUGUGAGCCUGUGCGGGGGGCUACGCGGAGCCUUCGGCUACCGAGGCGCCGAGUAUGUCAUUAGCCCGCUGCCCAACGCCAGCGCACCGGCGGCGCGGGGCAACAGCCAGGGCGCACACCUCCUCCAGCGCCGGGGCGCCCCUGGCGGGCCUCCCGGAGAUCCCACAUCUCGCUGCGGGGUGGCCUCAGGCUGGAACCCCGCCAUCCUGCGGGCCCUGGACCCCUAUAAGCCGCGGCGGACCGACUUAGGGGAGAGUCGCAGCCGGCGCAGGUCCGGGCGCGCCAAGCGCUUCGUGUCUAUCCCGCGGUUCGUGGAGACGCUGGUGGUGGCCGACGAGUCAAUGGUCAAGUUCCACGGCGCGGACUUGGAGCAUUAUCUGCUGACGCUGCUGGCCACGGCAGCGCGACUCUACCGCCAUCCCAGCAUCCUCAACCCCAUCAACAUCGUCGUAGUCAAGGUGCUGCUUCUGGGAGACCGCGACACAGGGCCCAAGGUCACAGGAAACGCGGCCUUGACGCUUCGCAACUUUUGCGCCUGGCAGAAGAAGCUGAACAAAGUGAGUGACAAGCACCCUGAGUAUUGGGACACCGCCAUCCUCUUCACCAGGCAGGACCUGUGUGGGGCCACCACCUGUGACACGCUGGGCAUGGCUGACGUGGGCACCAUGUGCGACCCCAAAAGAAGUUGUUCUGUGAUUGAGGAUGAUGGUCUUCCAUCAGCCUUCACCACUGCCCACGAGCUGGGCCACGUGUUCAACAUGCCCCAUGACAAUGUGAAAGUGUGUGAGGAGGUGUUUGGGAAACUCCGAGCCAACCACAUGAUGUCCCCAACGCUCAUCCAGAUUGACCGUGCCAACCCCUGGUCAGCCUGCAGUGCUGCCAUCAUCACCGACUUCCUGGACAGUGGGCAUGGUGACUGCCUCCUGGACCAACCCAGCAAGCCCAUCUCCCUGCCCGAGGACCUGCCAGGCGCCAGCUACACCCUGAGCCAGCAGUGUGAGCUGGCCUUUGGCGUCGGCUCUAAGCCCUGUCCCUACAUGCAGUACUGCACCAAACUGUGGUGCACUGGCAAGGCGAAAGGCCAGAUGGUGUGCCAGACCCGCCACUUCCCCUGGGCAGACGGCACCAGCUGUGGCGAGGGCAAGUUCUGCCUCAAGGGGAGCUGUGUGGAGAGACACAACCUCCAGAAGUACAGGGUGGACGGCUCCUGGGCCAAAUGGGAGCCCUACGGCCCCUGCUCGCGCACCUGUGGCGGGGGCGUGCAGCUGGCUCGGAGGCAGUGCAGCAACCCCACCCCUGGCAACGGGGGCAAGUACUGCGAGGGCGUGAGGGUGAAAUACCGAUCUUGCAGCCUGGAGACCUGCCCUAGCCCAGCCUCUGGCAAGAGCUUCCGGGAGGAGCAGUGUGAGGCUUUCAAUGGCUACAACCACAGCACCAACCGGCUCACCCUGGCCGUGGCGUGGGUGCCCAAGUACUCAGGCGUGUCUCCCCGGGACAAGUGCAAGCUCAUCUGCCGAGCCAACGGCACCGGCUACUUCUACGUGUUGGCACCCAAGGUGGUGGAUGGCACACCGUGUACUCCCGACUCCACCUCGGUCUGCGUCCAAGGCAAGUGCAUCAAGGCUGGCUGCGACGGGAACCUGGGCUCCAAGAAGAAGUUCGACAAAUGUGGGGUGUGUGGGGGAGACAAUAAGAGCUGUAAGAAGGUGACAGGACUCUUCACCAAGCCCAUGCAUGGGUACAAUUUUGUGGUGGCCAUCCCCGCGGGCGCCUCGAGCAUCGACAUCCGCCAGCGCGGCUACAAGGGGCUGAUUGGAGACGACAACUACUUGGCCCUGAAGAACAGCCAAGGCAAGUACCUGCUCAACGGGCACUUUGUGGUGUCGGCUGUGGAGCGGGACCUGGUGGUGAAGGGCAGCCUGCUGCGCUACAGUGGCACCGGGACGGCGGUGGAGAGCCUGCAGGCCUCCCGGCCCAUCUUGGAGCCCCUGACCGUGGAGGUCCUCUCUGUGGGGAAGAUGACACCGCCCCGGGUCCGCUACUCCUUCUAUCUGCCCAAAGAGCCUCGGGAGGACAAGUCCUCCCACCCCAAGGACCCGCGGGGAUCCUCUGUGCUCCACAACAGCGUCCUCAGCCUCUCCAAUCAAGUGGAGCAGCCGGACGACAGGCCCCCUGCGCGCUGGGUGGCAGGCAGCUGGGGUCCUUGCUCUGCAAGCUGUGGUGGUGGCCUGCAGAAGCGGGCAGUGGACUGUCGUGGCUCCCCGGGGCCACGCGCAGCAUCUGCCUGUGAUGCGGCCCAUCGGCCGGUUGAGAUGCGAGCCUGUGGGGAGCCCUGCCCGACCUGGGAGCUUGGUGCCUGGUCGCCCUGCUCCAAGAGCUGCGGCCGGGGAUUUAAGAGGCGUCCACUCAAGUGUUUGGCCCAUGGAGGGCGGUUGCUGGCCCGGGACCAGUGUGACCUGCGCCGUAAACCCCAGGAACUGGACUUUUGCAUCUUGAGGCCAUGCUGAAUAGGACUGUCCCUUUCUCCUCCUCACUCUCCACCCUGUUGGUGCUGCCAGUGUUCUGGCCAGCUGGAGCCGUGGGCAGAGGGCAGUGGCCAGAGGCCCAUGCCACAACGUCACCUGCAUCCAGGGACAAGGACCGUGGGCAGGGGUGAGAGAUUCCUGGGCGGGGAAGUGAAGUAACUACCGCAUAGUCUACCUCACGCCCGGCUCCUCCGGGGCCCAGCCUCAGGGAGAGGCUGCGAGGUGCGGGUGCUGGGCAGGAGGUGCUGGGGCCCAGCGUCCAAGGGACCUGGAGGAUGGGCACCUCCCAGGCAGAACUUCAGGGACCGUGGCCCCCAUCAGGGAGGCUGCAGGCUGCUGGAAGAGCCAUGCCCGCAGCUUGGCACCCUCAGGUGGCCCCAGGGGCUCUGAGCCGUCUCUGAACAAGGCAGGUUUUUAUGGUGCUUUCAGCCCACUUUCCUUUUCUGACUGACGUGGAUUGAGCAAAAAAAAAAACUGGCUGGGGGUGCAGAAGCGGAGGGGAGCGUGGGGUUGGGUUUCCCCGGGGCCUGGGCCACUCCUUUGGGAAGAGCUGUGGGUAGGGGCAGUCCCGAGGAUUCUCAUCUUCCUUCUACUCCUAGCCCUCCCUUAAGGAGACACAUCUUCUUCCUGUGUUGUCCAGGAUGUCAGUCUGGUUGGAGGGCUUCCAUGGGUGUCCUCUGAGGCUUUGCAGGUGGAGGUAGGAAGUCAACAGGGAGCCUGUUGUCUUCUUCCAGGAUCCGAGCAGUAAGAAAACGUGCUGAGGCUUAUAAGGGGAGGCGGAUUCUGUGGCUGAAGCAGGGAGUUUGAGGAGUGAUCUAGAGGGUUCUGAUGUCACUGGGGCUGGUCUGAGCUUUGGGGGAAUGUCACCCUGGGAUGGGGAGGGAGAGACCCCAGGUCUGAUGGCUCUUCCUCCAGAGAGGCAGGUAUAAAUAAGGCUGAUGCCUUAGGCUGUGUGUCACCUCAGAGAACCUUCAAAGUGGCCAUGGUCCCACCAAGAGGGGGAUGGGAUAUGCUAGGAGGGCUAGGUGCUGGACAUCCACGUGCCAGCAGGUUGGUGCGCAUCUGGACAGCUGCAUGUGGCCUGACCUUGGGCAUGUCCUGUUGCAUCCCCAGGCCAUAGUUUCUACGGUUGGAUAACGGGGUUCACUGUUUGCUACCUCAGGCUCUACUCUCUGGGAACCCACCCUUGUCCCUCCCCUGGGGCAGUGGUGACCUUGGUGCUUCCAGCAGACUCACUGUCAUCCUCUGUAGACUGAGCUGUCCAGACGCGAAGACGAGCGUGGUGCGUGGCACCCCGCUCCCCACAGCCUGGCCACCCCCGGGGGCUCCAAACACGAAGACAGGGUCUCUCUCUACAGGUGCCUGGGGGACAGGUUUCAGGAGGCACCAAGAACCAGUGACGUGACCCAGGGGCCCUUGGCAGCCACCAGCAGGAGCUGCUGGAGACCUGUCCAUCUUGGAGCCAUGUAAGGGAAGUAGAAACCAGGCGUCUCCUCCAACUCCAGUGGGGCGGAUGUGAGAGAUUCUUGGCUAAGCAGGGUAUUUCUUGGGGGUGCAGCUGGCCCAGUGUGUAUAUGGGAGCUUCUGUUUCAGAGUGUCAUACUGUGGCCUGGACUUCAGUGAGGUGACAGCAGACCAAGUAUCUUCCUCGGAAAGGGGUUCAGUCCUUUAUUUAGUUUCCCCUUACAGAGAGAAUCCACAAACUAGCCAGCCAGCCAGCCAGCCAGCCAGGCAGCCUCUGGGCUGGUGCUCUCGCCCCGGUCUGGCCCUGGGCUGAGCCCUUGAACAGAGCUCCCGCAGCAGGGCAGAGGGCGUGCGGGUCUCGGAGGCAGGGCUGCAGUGCCCCUCGGCGUGCAGAGCGGGGAGGAAUCCGCCUUCCUGCAUGAGUGAACACUGUGGGAAUCAGCAUCCAAAGGGACCAGGGUGUCAGGGCAGAUGUGGCCCGGCGGGCCGACGACGGCACUGCGCCCUGUGCUUGGUGCCCCCAUCCUUGGCAAGGAGAGGGUGGUACGGGGGCUGUGCAGAGUGGGCAGGGGAAGGGGCGGGUGGGAAGGGAGCCGCCAUCAGUGGGGGUGACUGGUCCCCUAGCAGAGCGGCUUUACAAGUCAUUUCAAGGAGGGACAACUGAUCUUGUUCCUGACACAAGCUGGGUCUCAGUGCUCUUUUCUGUUGCAAUAUUUUUCUUUUUUUGUUUCUGAAAGAAGUUUGACCAAGACAACUUGGGAGGUUUGUCUUGUCUUUGACCAUUUCACUAAUCCAACCAUGUUCUCCAAGGCUGAGCAGAGACAAGCCUUAGGACACAGGUUUCUGGUGAUGGAAUAAAAAGUUAAGGUGGUAUCUCAUGUCUCUGGAAGAAGAGGAACAUUCUGGCUGCUCCAGCAACUUCUUCCAUGGGGUGUGGACCAGUAAGGAUCUGGGCUCAGGAGCCCCCUGUCUCCUUUGCUCAUCGUGUGCACUGACUGGAGGAGUCCAACUUUUUGGGCCUGCCAUGCUGGAGUAGGGGCUGGGGGGAGCUGAGGACGGGUGGACGGACUUGAGUGUUCCCAGCCUGGGAGUUAGCCCCUGAAGGCACUAGACACUGUCACUUAUAGAGCCCCCCUUUUGGUUUGGUUUGGUUCUUUUGCAUUGUACUGCAGAAGGAUGGAAGGACCUGGGUACUGGCUGGGCUGUGUAUACUGUGUAUACCUGGGAGCUGGCUGCUGCGGGGCCAACGGCCUGCUCCUAAUAAAGCUGUAAGUAUUUAAAAUCCA